CCUUCUUGCAGCAUCCUUUUGCGAUGUACAAGUGUUGGAUUCACUCUUGACUUCACCAGCGACCACCGACACUGUGAUGGCGGCGACGACGGCGACGGAGACGGCUACAGUACUAGCAGCUGAUUUUUCAGACUGCUGUUCCCCUGCAGAAGCUGAACUGCCUCCAGUCUCCCUGGAUCCUAUUCCUAUACAAGGGUCCAGCCAGUCACAGGACAAGCGAGGUAAGGAGCUCGAGGUCAUGCCCCCAUUAAGACGAAGGACAAUCAAGACUUCAGAUUUGCAGAGGAUGCAGUUUGAAGUUUUGCGGGAACAGAAGCGGAAACUGGUUCUACAGUGUGAACACCUAGAGCUGAUGAACAAGAAGCUGAGGCGGGAGCUACAGGAAUAAUGUUAAUUGAGAUUUCGAACAUAUGAUUACAUGUGUGUUCGUAUGUUCUGUUUUUGUUUGUUUGUGCGUGCUGCUGUUUCUAUAGUGUGUCAUGUGCCGUACAGUGAUCACGAUAAUUAAACUACACAAUGUAUUAAAUA